UUUAAUUACUUUGUGUUCCGAGUGGAAUAUAGGGGUUUGAAGUUUCAGCAACGCUGAUGGUAUCUUUUUUUACUGCUUCGGAGGGAGGGGGUGGCGAAGGAGUUGCUUUCCUUUUGCAAUCAACUCCCCCCACCGGUUUAUCUGGCCUAAUUCCGGCUAAACGAGGUCCAUUUGUGCGUCAGUCCUCAGACCAUAUGCAUGGUCGGUGGACGUUCUACUCCUCAAACCACCGACUCACAAAGCGCUCCCACUCUGGGAGUCGAAUCCCUGGUCUCUUGGAUGAAAGCCGUUCAGAGUUUAAAUCACCUCUGUUUAGUUGGCAUACUACUACGCUACUAGUUGACAUGAUUUCAUCCUAACUACUCAUAUCAAAUAGUAAUAUGUAUUUUGAAAUGAUGAGCUCGUUUUCAGUAAACACGUACAUAUUUGAUUGAUUUUUUGAUUUUCCCGUCGAUUGAUUGGACCGAAGUGCUCGGUCUCAGGUUAACAUAUCGGCUUCUUGUGCAGAUGCUUCGACUAUG